AUAUAAAGGUAUGAAGCGCCUAACGCACGCCAGUUCAUUACAGCUGUUGCUAGCAAUCGGGGUUGGUGCAUUUCUCGGAGUUAUUCUCUCUCUCUCUCUCUAUAUAUCUCUAUUUAUAUACAUAAGCAACAAACAGUUCUAUUAAAAUGGCAAUGACAAUCCCAAUGUUGAACGUUAACUUGAACAACCUCCGCCCGUUCGACGGCGAGAACAACAGUAACAACAACAACAACAAUAAUCCAACUACGAUGAUUACGAGGAGAUCGUCGAAGCGAUGCCUAUUUGGGUCACCGGAUCCGCAAGAAACGUAUGCCCUCCUCGAGAAGCAACUGAGCGACGAACGUGAACGUUUCUACUUGAAGUUCGGCAUAUACAUGGAGCAAUUGGAGAGCGUGGCCGUGGAGCAAGAAGAGGUGGUGCCGUCGUCGUCCACGAAGAGGUCAAAGGAUAAGCUGAAGUGCAGCGCGGAGAAAAAAGCGAGGCAGUUCAGAAUACUGAAACCUUACAACGUUCAAACGAAAAUUACUGAUUUUUGCCAAAUAAAGAAAACGUCGAGUCUUCCAAAGAAGUGCUGAAAGGGGAGACGACUGUUCACGAACGGCUGUGCUUCCAAUAUAUAUUAUUAUUAAUAUUAUUCUACUAUUAUCGAAUUGUUACUAUAUUUAUAAUUAAUUUAUUACUAGUUACUAGUAAAUCUAGUCCGAACUGUGUAUAUUUUAUUUUAUUUUAUUUUUUUGUAAUAUAAGAAUAAAAUGAUCAAAGAAUACGUAAGAUAACAGACAAAAAAAAAA